AUGAGCACCGAGUGCGGCUGGCACCACCUCUCUGUGGGCACAUCUCAGGGGUGAGAAUCACUUCUGUCUGCACUGAGCUGGGACUACAGCAGAACAAUGGUGUGUCACAUUAUGGCAGCGCUCAUCUCUCCUCUAAUGCUCCUCUGCCUCUUCUCAUGUUCUCAACAGCUGAAGCUCAAAGGUCCAGAGGUGACGUCCGGCUUUUCAGGACCGGUGAGGUUGGAAUGCGAGCCUGAUAGAGGAGAUUUCAUGGACUUUGGAGUGUUCUGGUUCCGUCAAAGGAAAGACGCAGAGAAUCCAGAGUCAAUUGUGUUCCUCAGUGUCACAAAGAGGAAAACGUAUAGCGAUCAAAAUAAAGCCAAACAUUUCUUACCAAAUAAGACAGGAUCCGCCUAUACCCUAACCAUCCAAUCGUUUAACCAGACGGACCAAGGAACCUAUUACUGUAUGAUCAAUAAGAACUCAGUGCUUCUCAUCAGCCCGGGUCUCCCACUCCUCUAUCCUGAAGCAACCCAAGCAGCCAAGACUGAAGGGAUGUCAGGAGAUGCGUAUGACUGCUCCUCUAGAAAUACAGCUAAAAGGUUUGAAUUCAUGGUGUUGUCUUGCGAUCCGUACGUCUGGGGCCCUCUGACAGGACUAUGCUGCCUUCUUCUGAUCUGCCUGCUGGUCACUUCCACAAUGCUCUCCUGCAACAUAGGACAACACAACACCCAGCAUGACCUGACACCACAAGCAGAAAAACAACCUAACCACAAGAUGUGUGAGCUGUAGAGGAAGCAGGACGACUGUUCUCCAAAUGAUACAGACCUCUAUAGAGCCAGGCUUACCCCCGCCACAGAAGAUUGUGAUCACUCACUUCUACUCUACAUGUAAUGUAGUGACAUCCACCUGAUGAUACUGAUCUAUUACACAGGGGGCUUCCAAAAACUACAACAGAAGUUGCCUAUAGCAACCAAUCAUCUGCAAGCUAUCGUCUAUCACGUACAUGCUAUAAAAUGAUAGGUAGAAUCUGUUUAGUCGCUAUGGGCAACUUCUCUACAAGAAGGUUUGAUACAUCACCCUACAUACUUUGCCCCCGGAGCAUGAUUUGAAUGCGUUAGGUAUUUAUUUUACACUCCUGUAAUAACAUCCUCCUUCAUCUCAGCUCCCUACUCAUGUGCUAAAUGUUAUUACUAAAUGUAAACAGCCUUAAUACAUCCAAAAACGCACCACUGGACACAGUAAUUUAGGCAGCCAAAUACAGACGUUAUGCCCCUGUAAGAAACUAAACUCAGGAGCAGAUUUAUCAAAGCUUCAAGAGAGAGAAGCUGGGGAUAGAUAAAGUACCAGCCAAUCAGUGUCUCUCAUUUUAUAGGCUGUGUUUGACAAAAUGACAGGAGCUGAUUGGUUGGAACUUUAGCCCUCUCCAAGCUUUGAUAAAUCUGCCCCUUACUUUUAUUGUUCCCAACCUCAGAUAGCCAGCGUAAUUUCCCCCAGGAAUACAAGUAUUACCCAGAUUAAAAACCACUAGGGAAUCAUCAUACCACUAAACGCUAGGACGAUUAUCUCCUUCCAUAACCUCAUGGGGCUUCACAAUCCUGAUGUGCAAUUUAGGGGUCUAUUUACUAAGUAUUGGAGAGAGAUAACGUACCAACCAGCUCCUGUCAUUUUUCUAAACACAGCCUUUAACAUAGCAGUUAGGAGCUGAUUGGCUGGCACUUUAUCUCUCUCCAAUGCUUAGUGAAUCCACCCCUUAGAGACAGUACCAUCAGCCUUGAUUCGGUACGUGCUCCUAAUGUGGGGCAGAGUGCCCUUCCUAAGGAAUUCACCAAACCACUUUCGCAAGUUUGCCAAAGGCUAUAAUUAUAUUAAAUUGGGACUUCAGCACUGCCCUUGUGGCCAGAUAUGAUUUCUCGCUAUCUCAGGAAUCCACUAGAUAUUUUAUUUUCCUUUAUCAUGGAAUAGAUCCAUUGCUACAGUCCCGCUCAUGGGCCCUCAUUCCGAGUUGUUCGCUCGUUGCCGAUUUUCUCUAUUUUGCGAUUAGUCACUUACUGCGCAUGCACAAUGUUCGCAGAGCGCAUGCGCUUAGUUAUUUUACUCAACAGUUAGGUAUUUUACUCACGGCAUUACGAGGAAUUUUCUUCGUUCUGGUGAUCGGAGUGUGAUUGACAGGAAGUGGGUGUUUCUGGGCGGAAACUGACCGUUUUAUGGGUGUGUGUGAAAAAACGCUGCCGUUUCUGGGAAAAACGCGGGAGUGGCUGGAGAAACGGGGGAGUGUCUGGGCGAACGCUGGGUGUGUUUGUGACGUCAAACCAGAAACGAAACUGACUGAACUAAUCGCAGUGGCAGAGUAAGUGUCGAGCUACUCGGAAACUGCUAAGAAAUUUCUAUUCGCAAUUUUGAGAAUCUUUCGUUCGCAAUUCUGCUAAGCUAAGAUUCACUCCCAGUAGGCGGCGGCUUAGCGUGUGCAAUGCUGCUAAAAGCAGCUAGCGAGCGAAUAACUCGGAAUGAGGGCCAUAGUGAGCUACUGAAUCUGGAAAAACAGACCCAGUUAGAAUGCUGGUAUUCAUUAAUUCGCUUGUCCUUCCCUAGGGACAAUUGACAUUUCAGUAUGUGCUACAGAAGGGGAAGUGUUAUGCUGUCACUUUCAUCUGCAAGUGUCUCAGUCACCGACUAACGACCCCCAUACAUCAGCAAUCGAUUGAGGAAAUUUGCAGACGAUUGUGCAAAUAAAUCUGCAAUGUAUGGGACUCACAGAUCGCAGAUUCAGACCAAAAAUCGUUUGGGAUCGUUAAAUCAGGUUGCUGAGUGUGACAGUGCUUUCAUUAAAUGUAGAUCUCAAAUAUAUAGCGGUAAUUCAACAUUACCAUAUUUAUUUAGCUGCCAUUAUUGUGGUCCGUAGCUGAAGGCGCCCAUACAACAGCAAUCCCAGAUUCUGAUAUUUUGUUCCCAGAUUGAAAGAUUCCCCAAUCCACCAGUCUGCAUCCGUACAUUACAGAUAUAUUUCAGAGAGUUGCAGAUGACUUUCAGCUAAUACAGAUCUGCCAAUCUUGAAAGGCUCAUCAGUAAUUGUAUGCAAAUCUGCCGAUUGUUACCAUACACUAGCAAUCUACAGACCCAAUUGAUCUGGGAAUCCAACAUGAUGGACAACCUAAUUUAACAAUUCUAAUCACUUUUUGGUUGGAAUCUGCGAUCGGUGAACCUCAUACAUUGCAGAUUUAUUUGCACAAUCAUCUGCAAAACUCCAAAUUGUCCCAAUUGAUUGAAAUGUACUUACUAUUACUAUCUCCAGAGAACCAACUCAGAAAAUGAGAGACUUCAUGUUACCAUUAGGAAUGGGCUAGGCUGACUGCAGUCAGGGAGAGUGAAUAAAUACCUUGCUGUUACUGUUACAUCAUCACCUUUAUUAUUUAUACCGUGUAAUCAUGAUACUAACAUUAAAAAAAUGUAAAAACA